UUGGUUGUUGUCAUGAUAGGAGGAGGGGACGGUUAGUACAGUAGCAGUCGGGAGCAGUACAGUGAGGUUUAGCCGUUUACAAAGUUGUUGUUGUGAGGCAGAGACUGCUUUUCUCCAGCACACAUACACACACUUUAACCCGGCGAGGAGGGAGAGAGAGAGAGAGAUAGAGAGAGACAGAGCGCUACGGUUAUUUCUCUCAGGCUCCGGCAAAGCCUGUGUGGUCUGUGGAGCUGGGAUGCCCUCUGAUGCACUGUUGCUAAGGAAAUGGACGGCUUGAAUGGAUCGGUGGUCCGGGCUGAAUUCUCCUCCGCGCCCCCUCAGCAGCUCACUGGCUUUCAAUGUGUGACUGUGUGUGUUUACAGGAACCACUGCGAACAACGUGACGCGCCAGCUCCAGCUCUGCACCAGCCGGGUCCAGUGGAGCCGCAGAGCUGAGGAACUGGGGAUUUGACUGGCACCCGGUACACCACCAAGGGAGGGGAGAGAGGCGGCUGGGCAGUGGGGUCGACGAGCCCGGCUGGCGCUGGGUGAAUGCUGCCUGGCGAGGACAAGGGCUGAGGCGGCAGCAGCAUCAACUUGUACAAGGAGCAUGGCAUCCACGGGCAUGCAGAUAUUUGGAUUUGUCCUUGCGCUGUUGGGCAUCAUGGGUGCCAUGGUGGCCACUCUGCUGCCCAACUGGAAGGUCAGCGCAGAUGUGGGCUCCAACAUCAUCACAGCGAUUUCCCAGAUGCAGGGUCUAUGGAUGGACUGCACAUGGUACAGCACAGGCAUGUUCAGUUGCACGCUUAAGUAUUCGGUGCUUUCACUACCUGCGUAUUUGCAGACUGCCCGCACCACUAUGGUGCUCUGCUGCGUACUGGCUGCCAUGGGCCUCUGCCUUGCAUCCCUGGGACUAAAAUGCACACGAUGGGGAGGAGGACGGCGCUCUAAGCGGCAUGCUGCGAUCGCCAGUGGUGGCUGCUUUGUCGCUGCAGGCUUUCUGUGUCUGGUGCCUGCUUCCUGGUUCACCAACGAGGUCAUCACCAACUUCCUGGACUCCAGUGUGCCCGAGAGCAAUAAGUUUGAGCCUGGGGGUGCCGUGUACGUGGCCUUUGUUUCGGCAGGAUUCCUCUUCAUGGGGGGGUCCAUCUUCUGUAUGUCCUGCUCGGGGAAGAGGCAUGGCCCCCAGGACAUGGUCCUGCUCCCUCCCCCUGACAAAUUGCUGCUCCAGCAGCAGCAGCAGCAACAGCUGCUCCAGCAGCAGGAGCUCCAGCACCAGUACUGCUCUCUCUCCCCGUUAGACAAUAAGACUGGCUACAGCCUGCAGGACUAUGUGUAAUAAAGCAGCGCUGUUUAUGCUACGGCUAAAGUGAGACAAGCCUGAGGGGAAACCAUCACGGCUUAUGCUACACACUAGGCUCUAAUCCAGAUGGAGGUGGAGAAAAAAUGAGAAAGGAGGGCAACAACUUUGAAUUCAUUUUCCCUUCUCCUCUAUCUUGCGCUUCUCCCUUUUUCUGUUUUGCAAGCACAAGCAGUGGAGGUAUUCCCUAAACAGCGCCUUGGAACAAACAGUGUGAAUGUGUAAGGAGCCGGGAUAAGGUGCUGCAGCAUCGAAGCAAGCCGCUUACUAAACGCAGACAUCCUUCAUCAGUAAAUCACAGAAAGAGUUCCCUGGGGAAUGGAUUAAGCAAAUAAGGAAGGCUUCCGUGUAGAUUUUUUCCCCAUCGCCAAAGGUUUGAAUUGAAAGAAAAAAAAGCAAUCAUUUAGCUGCUAUUUACAAUCGUUUGGUAACCUCCAAAUUGACAAAAUAGGCAAUAUAACACCUGAGAGUAGUAGGUGGAAACCCUUUCAUAGCAAGCCAUUGUAGUUUUAUGUAUACUUAUCCACUAGAAUGCUACGUGGAAUUGAUUGAAAUAAAUGGUAAUAUUUUUGUUAGCUACUAGAAUGAUGUUGAUAUUUUUGCCUCUAAAGCAUGCUGUGUGGAGCCUGUCUGUGUAUUAAUACAGAGGAAUGCCUGGUAGAAGACUGAGACAUAGCCACACAAUGCCUGUGCCUGAAAAGAUGUAGAAACAUUACCCUGCUGUAACUGUUCAAAGAGGACUGUCAGGAGGAGUAGAUGUGGGCUGCUGGGCUGGAUUUGAGACAGAAAAUGCAGACAAACAGUUGCCUGCUUCUCGCUCUGCAGGUGGAAAGAUGAGAGAGAUGGAGAGAAAUUAACGGAAAGAGAUUCAGUCCUUUAGACGAGUGGACUAUCUGAUGUGCUGCUUUUCUAUUUCCAUCCAGACAAAACCAUACUACCUGUAAAUAACAGCUACCCGUCCCAAACCAUCUACCCAUCCCUGCACGCCCUCAGACAUGCACACCCACACACUUACUCAUGCUCUUGUGUGUCUUUGUGUACAUAGUAAACACUCGCCGGCUUUUUGCAUGUGCUUUUCACUCCUGUCAUCCUCCUCCACACUACCAUGGUAACAGAAUUUGGAUUUCGAACAUCUUUAUUGUCUGGGGGUAUGUGCAUGUCAGUCAGUGAUUUGUAAUUGUUUAGGGGGGGGGUCUUUUUCUCCAGCCAGAAGCUUUAAUCAGAGCCUCGGCUCACAGUGCUCUCACUAAUCCUCUUUAUUAGCCAGUGACAUGAGGCAGCAUCCCUGUUACGUGGUCAGAGGUUUUGGAAAAUGCUCUUCUUUGCUAUGGUGUCUAUAGCAUGCAAGUAGUCCCAUAGGGAUGAACCGAUGUUUAAUGGUGCAGUGGCAGCGAGGCAAAAAAAAUAAACAAGCAGACAAGGAGAAGCUUCUUGAGUCAUGGUGGACUGGGUAUCUGCAAAAAAAGGUUUGAGUCAUUCUCCAUAUGUGACUUGUUUUCCAAGUGAGUCAGCGUAUGCUACCAGUCUGCACCUGCAGACGGUCUCCGUGUCUUAAAUUGCAGCCACUUGACUGUGUCACCAUUCCUCUUUUUUCCUCCCACACUCACCCUGUUCUGCUUGUGUCACAUGUCACAUGGAUGUGAUCGCUGACCAGAGAAAGCUGAUGCAUGUUGAAAGCAUGGUCCUACUCUCAUUUCCGCAGCAAUGUUAACGCUUUCACACAGUCAUGUUCCUGAGUGUGUCUACUUUUUAACGAAGGAAAGAUAUUGGAGCAGUAUUGUUUUUCCUGCUUGAGACAGGCCUUGGCAUUGAUGUAUAGAACUGCACAUUCUCUCCUUCUCUCUCAUAAACAUGCAGCUUCCUGGGGGAGAGCAGAUGGCUAAGCCCAGCUCGCCACCUGCAGGCUGCUGUCAGCACGCCAUGGGCAUCUCUGUGGGCACCACUGCCGGCCCUGGCAGCCCUCGAGGGCCAGGUUUCUACCCCACUCUGACUUAGUCAGGUUGCCCAGCACAGCCUAUAGCCGACAUAACUGGCCUCCUGACAAUAACUCACUGCCCAGGCACCAUAACCAAUGCAAUAAACAAGGUAAAGAAUGUGCCAUGUCAUCAACUAAUACUGACACGUUAUGUGUUUCGAGAAUGUGCCAAAUUGUCUCAUGAUGACACGUUUUAAUACUGUCUGGAGUUCUUUCUGUUUAUUUUUUUAUCGCGUUGUUUGUACAUGAAUUAUACAUUAGCAAAUGUUUUAUGGAUUUGUGAUUUGUUCUGCCAGACUAAGUCUCAAGUCAACUAGAUGCUUGUGUACAGUCCAGUGCAGCUUUUGAGGGUUAUUCUAAAUCCUCUUUAUUCCUCAUUUCCCAAAGCACAGCAAGACUUCACUUGGCAUGAGUGUUUCAUUGGAAAGACACAAGUGUGGUAUUUUCUAAAUGAAAAAAAUAAAAAUAAAAACUGUCUGUAACAACUGUACACAAGUAUCUAGGCUGUUAAAGGUGUUUGUUUUGGGGGAAUCAGGAUUCCCUCAGAUUGUUUCUAUACAACAUACAAUAUCAUGUUCAUACCAUAUCUUCUUUAUAAGAAGACUACUCGAUGCACCUUUGCUUGUGUUACUUUACUUGACAGCAGUUUCUUUCAAAUGGCUGAGCAUUCCAAGCGUCCAGGACCAGAACAAAUACAUAAACAACUGGCACUCUGGGAAAUGAGGGAGCGAUUUCUGUCUGAUAGGAUUCAGCAGGGAAACGGGAGCUAGAGAUUUCUCUUUUUUUGUUACUGUGCAGCUUGAUCAUCAGCACGCAAUUUCAUCAGCUUAUAAAUGGCCAGAGUGCAAAGUGACUAGGUCCUAAAAGUCUAAAGAGUUACAACUCUUCUGCUUAUACUGUACCAAUACAUUCAGUUAUCAUUUUGAUAAUUGCAGCUUAUUUUUGUGGAUGCUUUAGCACUUCUUACUUUGCCAGAGCAUAUUUGUGAUGAUGAACAGUUCACAAGUUCUGAUACAGUUGUCUCAAUGUGCUUGUGCGAGUAGUUCUAUUUUUUACCAAUAAAACUAUUUUGUGAAAGCAA